AACAACCUUGGGUAUUAACAGCAUUGGUAUUUAAUUGCAGGUACGACCCUUCAGGUUUGGGAGAGUCAGAGGGAAUAACUAAAGUGGAGACCAGAUUUUCCAUAUGGCUUGAAGAUGCAAAGGAAAUGCUUCUCAGUGUAGCAGAAGGUCCACAGAUUGUUGUUUGUUCUUCUAUGGGCUGCUGGAUCACCUCUCACUUGAUACAGAUGCACCCAGAGAAGUUUGCUGGCAUCCUCAUGUUGGCACCGGCCAUCAACUUCCACAGCCGCUAUGACAAGGUGUUGCGUGCUCAACUAACCCCAAAGUUGCUGCAGAAAUACGAAGAGGGUGGAGUGGUGCCUUUGUAUGCCCCAGACUAUGGGGAAUUCCCUCUCACUAAAGCCCAUUUUCAAGAUAUGGAGAAAUUUGCUUUAACAAGAGACCCUGAACAAAUUCCUUUCCCAGUUCCUUUAAGAAUUAUUCAUGGGGUAAAGGACAAAGAUGUGCCGUACACAGAAUCCUUGCCACUCAUGCACUCCUUCAAGACUGAGGAUGUGCACCUUACCUUCCUCAAGCAUGCUGGCCACACUCUUGUUGAUAAGCUGAGCCUGGAGGUGAUCUACGAUGCCAUCCUUAAGUUAGCAGCUGAGGUGCAUCAGAGGAGCACGCAAUGAUGGAAGUACUCUUAGAUGUCGGGAUAGAUUAUAUUCUCCAGCAGAGUUGGAGAGAGGAACUUGUGAGUGUUGGUGUAGAUGCUCACAGCUUAUCAAGCAAAGGGGAAUUGCUGUAGUUUGUGGUGAAGAUUGAUAUGCCAUUGUCCAUCUCUUCCUCCAUUCAGCCUAAUACCCAUUGGGUUUUCAACUUGUACUUUAAACACUUGGAAAUAGUUUUUUUUUUUUUUUUUUUUUUUUCAUUAAAAAAAAAAAUGUGAUUUCAGAUUCUAGUCAGCUUUCUACUUGUAUUUUUGUUUAAACACAAAGAAUAUGUCACUCCAACUCCAUUUUCCUUCAUUCAAUCUGAUUUCAGAUCCUAUUAGUGCCAUUAACUUUAAUAUAUAUAUGGGUUAGUUACACUAAUUAACUCCAUCUAGAGUAAGUCUUUUAGGUUUUCGGAUUUUAUUCUACAUAGGAAGUUAGCAUUACUAUUUUCUUCCUUUUGGUAUAGGAAGUUAGCAUUACUAUUUUCUUCCCUUCAUAUUCUUUGAGGUUUUCAAACUUUUACUCAUGGAUAAGGAUAAUGGAUGGAUAUAGGUGCUUACAUUCUAUACCAAACGUGUUGUGUGUAGACCUAAUGGUUUCUGGCAGCUUCCCUGUGCUUGUCUAUUUUUUUAGAAAGGUGUGGAGUGGUGUGAAAAGAGUGCAUAGAUAUAGGUUACUUGGCGUGGAUGAAAAAAAUAGGUUGUAUGAGAGAACAGGGGUGAUGACAUUGAGAAGAGAUAAGAGGUAAUGGAAACAAAAUGUAUUAGGAAUAUGAUGAAAGUAUUUCAAAUGAAUAGGGUGAGAGAUGAGGAUCAGAGAGGUAUUGAAAGAGUAGAGCUACUUGAAUAGAGCAAGGAGUGUUACAGUGGUUUGUAGAAAUAGAAAGAAGAGCAAUUGGUGAACAAUUUUACUGAUUGAUUAUGAAAUAAGAAGAGUAAGGCCAAGAGCAAGACAAUGAAAGGGAUGGAAAGACAGUGAAAGUGUUGGAUGUAAGAAUGUCUGUUGUGAUAGGAAUAAAUGUAAAGCCAGACCACAACUAACAUGGAUGGAUAGUACUGUGAAUGGAUAAAUGGUGAACUUUGUGAACAUUGAUGGAAAUGUUUACUUGCACUUGGUAUAAUUAGCUGAUGAGAUCAGACGCAGGAAAAGGAAUAGAUCUGUUAUAUGGAUGGGCCCAAAAGUUUAGACACUAAUAUUACUACAGUGUCAUAAAUUUAUAUGCUAAAAUCAGUAGAAAAGAUACAGCAUUCAUUAAGUUCAUGGGAAUUUCAUAAAAUACAUCAAACAUUAAUCAAUAAUAAUGAGGAUAACGAUAUUAGUGAAUAAAAAUUAUAAAAGAAUUUAAUACAUUUCUAUCUAUGUGUCCAGAAUUUUGGGACACUGUGUAGCAAAGCAAGAAUAAGUUGUAUUUGCUUUAUCCUUAAUCUGUGAUAGUAUAAGAGUUUGUAUUUUUAAACAUCUGGGGCACCUAUAAGGAAUACCUUUAAGGGCCAAUAUAUUAGAGGACAGACAUUGAAACAUUUGAGACUUUGGACUCCAGUUGGUUGUUUAACUUAAUUUUGCACAGUAUAGUCAGUAAGGCUUGGUUGUUUUCCCUAAACUUGGGGUGUAAAAGAAAUGAGCCAAACAAGGAAUGUCAUUAGAAUUAGAUUUUAUUGUCUUUAUUAAGGGAGAAAUUAUGUGAA